AUGGCCACAGACUUACAAUCCCCCAUGCCCUCCGUGGCUCAACCAUCUCCCGCCCCAUCAUCGACCUCUCGGGCUCACUCCAAAUCCAGAUCGAGAUCUCGGCCGGCACGACGCCGGCGAGACUCGUCUCCCGCGCCGCCUUCCUCCCCACCAGCUCUGCCAACACCCGCAUUCUCGCCCGAUGGACACAGCGAUUUGGACGACGAGCUCGAGGAGGAAGAUACACUUUCGCCAUUCGAUGCUCGCAGAAUCACGCCAACUCUCCAUGCCUCGCUCGUAUCGGAAAUUCUCAAUCUCCGCCGCGAGGUGGAGAGUAAAACCAAAGCCAUCGACGUGCUAGAACAAAGUUUAGAUGAAUCAAGGACGGAAAGCGAAACACUCAGCGAGAAUUUAUCUCGCGCGACCCGCGAGUCGCGGUCCCUGAAACACCAAAUUCAGUUACUGGAAGGUGGUACGUCGUCGGCGAUGACGGAGCUAGCCCGCGAGCGGGACGAAGCAGUCGAGAAUAUCAACGAUGUCCGCAAAAAGCUAGAACAAACGCAGAAACGGGCUCGGAGCCGCGAGGAAGAAGCCGAGCGCACGCAGAUGUUGUGGGAUCGCGAUCGCGAAACGUGGGAGAAUGAGCGGCGGAAUCUAGAACGCAAGGUCCACGUGGUGGAGGGCCGGUUGAAAACGGUCCUUAGCGAGGUUGCGGCCGCGCAGGAAGCGGGUACGCUUGUCUCGCACCAUAGCGAGAAUGAUGAUACCGAGAAGGAUAAAACGAAGGGUAGCGACACGGCUAGUGUGGCGUCGAGUAGUCAGGGCCGUCGGCGGACGAGUAUGACAAGUGUGACGACGGAUGAGGGCGAUAACGACGCUCACUAUCAUAAUGUUCGGUACUCGGUUAUGAGCAUGGCGCCCGGCAAGGGUGACUCGGGUUUGAAUCUGGCUCAGGAAUUGGCUUUCGAUGAGGAGGAGGAAGAUGAGUUUGUUGCGUCCGAGGAUGAGACUCCUGCGUCGCCAGAGGCGCUUCCUGAGGAAAGGCCUUUGUCGGUGCAUUCUGCGGCGUCGCAUGAUAUUUCUUCCAAGGCGCGGAAAAUCCUGGGCCUGUCGAUGCAGAGUAACGCCGCUGCUAUUGCUGCCGACUUCCGUACGAUGGAUACGUUUAGCCCUGUGAAAGCGGAAAGCGCGUCGGUCGAAUAUCGCGACACUGGUAUUCAAUACUCGCCGCCUCCGUCACCUGAAUCAUUGGUUGCCGUCGAGGAUGUUGAGCCUGUGCCUGCUGAUCUCGCGACAUUGGAUGCCACAACCGAGGGUCAUGAUGAAUUGAGUGAAAUGAAGGAUUCCUCAACAUUAACCAUUGAAGUCGAAAUGGUGUCUAGCUCUUGCCAGACCCUUGGCGAGCUGCCCAGUCCCCCAUGGACGCCCAAAGUGCCAGAGUCACCUGUUCGUUCCGCCGAAGUGACCCCAGAGCCAAUCCAAAUGGCAUCGACCGCGACACAGACGGAGUCUCUGCCCGAGGCUGAACCAGUCGAAGCUAAGAAGGCUUCACUGUCGCCUAAUGAUCUGCCCGCGCAGAUGGACAUCCCAAUGAUUGCCAUUCACCCGCCUGCAUCUGAACCGCCCUCGCCUCGAAACAGUGUCGUGCUCCCGCCGCAGACGAAGAAUGUCUCGGUGCAGGCCAAUUUCAGAUCCGUCGUGGAAGGCCGCUCUGUGGCCAUCCAGACCGAGGAAAUUCGUAUCGAUCAACGGCCUGUCAAACUCCCUGCCAGCCUCUUACCCUCCGCCAUCCCCGACCUUCCUAUCCGAUCCGAAGUCAAAGAACCCGUCUAUCAACCUUACCGUCCUCCUGUGCCUCCUCCGCGCUCUGCCAAGAGAGAGCAGCGACCGUUCAAUGCCGAUCGACCGGUAAAACCACCACGCGCGCAGCCUUCAGAACUUGUGCAAGCUUAUCCUGGCAACAACGACAAUGGCCCGCUCUCAGACGAUCUGGUGUCGUCUGGUCUGCGACGACCUUUCCGCUCCAGCAGUCUGUUCGCUGGAUUUGAACAGCUGAGUGACGACGAAGAUCCCGCCGGAGAAGAGCGGGAUAUCUUCACAGAUGACGAACUUCUCAACCGUCCAUUCGCAUCAUAUACUCUCCGUCGCGGCAAGAUGGUCAACGCCAAAUCCAGACCCAGUCUCGACGAGAUGACUCUUCCUGAAAUCGACGAGCAUCUCUCCGAUCCCGAAUCACGCCCAUCCGACGUUGCUCGCGGCUCACGUCCUGUCUACCGAUCCGGUGCAAGCGCCACUUCCUCCGUCCGCCAACCCGGUAUGCGAAAGAUGGCCAUGAUUUCCAGCGGUGCAGCAGCCCACCAAAAGACUCGCGCCCGCAGCCCUAGCGAGCCCAGUCUCGAAAGUGGCAGCGCCGGAUCCAGCAUCGCCCCUCCUUUCCCUGUCCCAAUCCGCCUCAGUUCUCGAAAGAUUCUGAAUGGCAGCGAUGGACCUCCAAGCCCAACCCGCUCAGCAAGACAGUUCUCGGACCGUGGCGCCCGUACAACUAUCGCGCGCAAGCCAACCCUGCGUCGCGUCCGUUCUGCAGCUGCCAUGUCAAACACAGACCUCACCGAACGUCCUGAAACCCAAUCAUCCCCACGCUCAGCGUCUUCUUUCGCACUGGAUAGUCCACCAUCAUAUAACCCGCCGCCAAUGCCGUUCGAUGACAUCACAGCUCCGCGUGACCGGCGCAAUGUCCAGAAACGGGCCUCGCAUCGUGCACAGCCGUCUGAAAGCUGGAAUCGUGAACGACAGGACUCGGUGGGUGGUGUGCAGCCGACUAGUGUGGUCGAUGCGAUUGCCCAGACGAUGGUUGGCGAGUGGAUGUUCAAGUAUGUCCGCCGUCGCAAGUCGUUCGGUAUGGGCGAGUCCAAGGAUAAUUGGGAGGGGAAGAAUCCCGACGAGGUCUCGGCCAAUAUCACCAACAGUGGUGUCCGACAUAAGAGAUGGGUUUGGCUUGCACCGUAUGAGGGCGCGAUUAUGUGGAGUAGCAAGCAGCCGACAAGUGGGCCUGCCUUGCUGGGCAAGAGUGGCCGAAAGUUCACUAUUCAAUCCGUCCUCGACGUGAAAGAUGACAACCCCAUGCCUAAAGGCGCCAACACUCCCGCCCCUUUCAACCGCUCCAUCCUCGUCCUCACCCCCCAACGAGCCCUCAAAUUCACCGCACUCACCGUCGAACGCCACUACGUCUGGCUCACAGCCCUCUCCUUCCUCAGCCACUCCUCAAUGGGCCUCCAAGACCUCGCCGCCAUUCCCCCAGCACCCCAAGAAGAAGCCGCCUCCCCACCACCCCUCGCCACUCUCCGCCGCAACCCCAUCCGCGACUCCAUCCGCGUCGCAAAGGGCAAACCCCGCCCAAUGCCAAAAGGCAAACGAUCCUUCCCCAGUGCACCCGUGCCCGAACUCCCCUCUGCAGGAGACCUAGACAACAUGGCCGCGGACGCACCCCACGUUCCCCGCUUCUCAAACCACAGCAGUCACCACCACACUCGCAAACGCAGCAACACGGCUCCACGUCCGCCAGCGCUACACGCUAUACGCAGUUUCUCCAGCCAAGGCACCAUGCCCUCGACUCACAGCGGGACAACGGGUUCGAAUGAACCGUAUUUCUCGCCCGUGGUGCCGCCGGCUUUGCCGCACGGUAUUAGGAGUGGGAGGAGCAGUAUUAGUCGUACUUCGGAGGGCAGUGGACGCACGACGAAUACGGCGACGACUAAUAUCUUUGAUGUUGGGACUGUUCGUAUGGAGGCGUUUAUUGAUCAUCAUGCUGAGCAGAUUAAUCGGCCACGGCCUCCCGUGCCGUCGGUGAAAAUGCGGCAUGCGAGGAAGACAUCUAGUCAGUGGAGUGCUUAUGAUGCCCCGUCUGUGGAUGAGAGUGAGCUUUCGUUCCGGUCGGAUCCGUUCCGUGGGUUCUAG